CAAUUUAUCGAGAUAUAUAUAUAUAUAUACUCUAGGUUGCCGAUAUUCACUCAGGUUUUUCUCUCGUAUUGCGUUUCUGGUUAUUCACUGUUACACGCACAUUGUUCUUCGCUUUGUUCAAGAAUUUGCUAUGAAGUGUCGCUCAAAAAACAACAAAAAUGAAGUUGCUAAGGAGCCUCAUUUGACGUUAAAAUCAUCAAUUGCUAAGAUGAAAAAAGGAGAAAAAUUGGCCGAGCAUCGCUCAAAAAACAGCAAAAAUGAAGUUGCUAAGAAGAGAAAAGGAGAAAAAUUUGCUAAAGAGCAUCGCUCAAAAAACAUAAAAAAUGAUGUUCCUAAGAAGCAAAAAGUAGGGAGCACAAAGAGAAAGCCUCUUACUGAGAAGCAAAAGGAAAAAAAAAUAAGGAAGCAAUAUGUGUGGUGGAAGAUCAACCCUUGUUGUGUUCGUAAGGAAAGCAUUGCCGAUUUUCAUGGGUUGAGUAUACAUAGCAAGAUCUCGCAUAAGAAGGUUUUACUGGUUGAUAAUGACGUGGCUACUGAUAUGGACCUAAGAGCUGAUGAAAUAAGUGGGAACAAGAAUGGGAUGGCCUAGUAGGAAAAAACACAGCUUUUAUGUUGUUUGCUUUUUCUAGUACACCCACCCUUUUUACUAACUGCAACACUUCAGAUUUAUUUCAGAACAGAGCUUGUUCCUCGUUCCCUUCCUCCUUCUCUCCAACAAGUAAAUAAGAAACUGAACAAAGCCAUUGAAAAGCCAUCUUCAUUGUUGAAAGAAAUAUAUUCAAACAACAAACAUAAUUUUCCAUUCUUCAUCUUCUCUGUCAUCGAUGGAUCACCACCGAUCUGAUCUGAUCUUUUAAAUUAAGUCCAUAUUUUGCAAAUGAAUUUUGUAAUUUCGCAGCAUAGGUAAUUAAAGAAUGUUGAUGUAAUUUCAUUAAAAAAGAGAUGUCAGUGUUGUAAAUCA